AUGCAGUCGCAGGGUGAUGGUUGGUCUGGAAGCUUUGCGUCUGGCCGUGGGAGAUUUGGAUCAGAUCGAGGAGGUUUUGCUCAAGGUCGCGGCGGUAGAGGGGGUUUCGGCUACAAUCGUGGUGGCUUUCGGCAGGAUUGUGGUGGAUUUGGUUAUGGUCGAGGUGGAUUUGGAGGCGGUGGGCAUGGAAGAGGGUUUGGUGGUUCUGGUGGUAGACAAAACUCUUGGAAGAGAAAAGAUGAAGUGAUAGCCAGUGAUGAGGUGGUGGAGAACAAGACUGGUGGUGGUGAGGAAAUUGACAAGGCUGCUCAAGAUACAGAUCUGACCAAGGUUAAGUGA